ACCCAACAAGACAUAGUAUCUUGAUACUAGCAUUUAUCCCUAUACACAAGGCUGUGUGGCUGCAUUUCAGCUCGAAGUCGCGCUUUUGUUCAGUUCUUCAUUACAACAAAGAUUGACCAUAAUCCCCGUCGCACCCCGCAACGUCUGCUCGCACCGCUCGAACAACAGCGAGUUAAACAUUCUCGUCUCAUUUGAUAAGAUGACGGUAACUGAGAAGUUUAACAGGCUGUCACGCCUCGUUCCCUUCCUCGGGUACCAUCACGUUUUGAUGAUCGUACAGAUAUCUGCGGUGAUCAUGAUGUCGAUUUUGCUCGCGGGAUGUUCCAGCUACUCCACCAUGACGAAUGUGUACAUUCUAGGUCUUUCGUACACAAAUUCGACGCCAUCCAAUCUUGGACCGGUUGAAAGGGCCAUGUUCGAUACGCUCCACAGCUUGAAAGGUUCGGCGCAACUGGAAGUCCGCAUAGGUUACUUCGGCAUGUGUGUGCGCCAGCGUGGUAUCGUGUGGCUCUGUAGUUCGGACUCCAGUGGGCUCGCGCAACAGAUCGGACCGGAGAAUGACCCGUUGAACCUUAUAGGAGCCGCAUCAUCAUUCAAAGAUGAUGUCCUUUUCUCAGGCCUUAUCUUCAUGUCCGUUAUUCUUGCGUUCUUUUGCUUUGUACUCCUGGCUACCUUCCCUGGUUGGCAUGAAGAGAGGGACGUCCGGACUGGCUCAGAUGUCGACGUCAAGCCAUUCCCUUCAAGACCUGUGUCACAAGUCGCUUUGGCGUGUACGUUCGUUGCCGCCGUGUUGAUGCUUGUUGCCAGCCUUUGGCAACACAUAGGCGCCGUGGGUGCUGCAGCGAUGGCAGAAAGUUCGAAUUAUGGUAACGUCAAGACCGACAUUGGAGCUGGGGCGAUGCUUACGGACGACUAAUCGACAUCGUAGAUACUUCUGCCACAACAAAGCUGUAGUCGCGGGUAUUUUCAGUCGAAGGCAUCCAAAUUCCAGGUAGUAGCAUCGAACGUAGUAGGUUCAGAGACAUUAAAAUGUUCAUAUCUGUGCCUAUAGUGUGCGCGUGAGCGCUGGACGUCACGUAACCACAAUUGCCACUCCCAACAAAAUCACAAAGACGUACCUGACAGGCUAUAUGUCAGAUCGGCUGCCGGUGAACGCUGUCAGCUACCGGCACCUGACGAAAACCUGCAGGAUAAGAGCCCGCUUUUUUACAUGCAAGGGCUGAGGCAGCCAAGAGGGCAGG